ACUCACCUGGAAGGAAAUUCCAAUUAUUCUCAAUAUCCCAACACAAGGUACAUUUUAUACCUAUGUGAUAGAUAAAAUCCCCUUAAAUUUAAAAUAAUGCUUGGCGAUGUUUGAUAUAAAAGCACCUUUACUUCAAAGUUCUACCAACAGUCUCGUGUUUACAGUCGAAUCGGUUUCAAACAACAUUAUGAAUUUCAAUAAAAUUUUUCUGUUUGUUGCACUGAUAUUGGCAAUUAGUAUGGUUCAAGCCAGGCCUGACAUUUGGAAGGACCUCGAACGCGUUGGUCAGCACAUUAGGGAUGCUACUUUACAGGUUUUAGAUAUUGGUCAAAAGGCAGCUAAUGUGGUCGACACUUUUCGCGGCAAAGAAGAAAGAACCGAAUGAUAUGUAAAAAUAAAGAUCCA